AUGAAACAACUCUCUGUCCUGCUGCUUUCUUGCCUCAGCGCCCUCGUGGCAGACGCCAGUGCAGCUGUCAACCGCUCCUUGCUUUUGAGCUACCCGUCAAAGCCCCGAGUGUUCGUUCUCUCAGAUAUUUCCAAUGAGCCCGAUGACACCCAGUCUUUCGUGCGAUUCCUGCUCUACAGUAAUCAGUUCCAAAUCGAGGGCAUGACCGCCGUCACAUCUACCUGGCUGAAGGACAAGGUGUACCCCGAGCAGAUCUCAGCCGUUAUUGAUGCGUACGCUCAAGUAGUCGACAAUCUGAAUCAGCACACUUCCCCUUCGUCCCCAUACCCCUCUGCGGAGUACCUUCACAGCAUUGUCAAAUGCGGUCCUGAAAUGUACGGCAUGGAAGGCGUUGGCCCUGGAAAGAAUCUUAGUUCCGGCGCAGAGCUACUGCUCAGCCAACUCCGCCAACCUGUUGACGAACCCCUGUGGGUCCUCGGAUGGGGCGGCGUGAACGUCCUAGCAGAGACCUUGUACUACAUACACGACAACUUCAAUGCCACUGAGGCGGCACGUCUGCGUGCCCAGCUACGCGUGUACACCAUCUCCGAUCAGGAUGACAGCGGCCUCUGGAUCCGCGAGCAGUUCCCGGAUAUCUUCUAUAUCGCAUCAAUGCACGGAUGGAACCAGUACGGGCUGGCCACGUGGGCGGCUAUUUCCGGCGAGGAGUACUACAACUUCGAUGUGGGCGGGCCGGACUUCACCAAAGUCUCCGCCGCGUGGCUAAAGGAGCACAUCCAGAUCGGCGACUAUGGCAAGGAGUAUCCGGACUACAAGUACAUUAUGGAGGGAGACACUCCGACGUUUUUGUAUCUUAUCCAGAACGGGCUGGGCGUGCGCGAGCAGCCCGACUACGGCUCGUGGGGUGGCCGCUACUCGCUGGUGGAUCUGUCCCAGCAGGUCAAGUACCGGCAGUACAGUGACGCGGCAGACCGGUUGAUCGGCCAGAACAACCGCACCUACGCCUCAAACCACGCAGCCAUCUGGCGUUGGAGAGAUGCGUAUCAGAAUGACUUUGCUGCUCGUAUGCAAUGGGCUCUCCCGGCCAACGAGACUAAAGCUGCCAACCACCACCCCGUGGUCAUAGUGAACGGACAUAUAGAGCUGAGCCCGCUGUUCAUCGCGUCGACGCCUAAUGCUACCGUGUGGCUUGACGCCUCCGAGACGUACGACCCCGAUCAAGACAGCCUUUCAUUCCGGUGGUUCCAGUACAAGGAGCCUGGAUCGACCGACUGGAACGUUGGAAACCAGAUCCCGAGCUUGAAUGUGACUGUGUCUGGCGACGGUCGACGCGCGCAGGUCACAAUUCCCUCCGAAGACAAGGUCUGCGAUGGCAAGAGCUUCAACGACUCGGGCUGUUGGACCUUGCACCUUAUCCUGGAAGUGACGGACAACGGAGUAUAUCCAUUGACGACGUACAAGCGCGUCCUGUUCGAGACAACGAACUCGACACAAGCGGCUACCGAUUGA